AUGGUCAAUGUAGUCUAUAUAAAUGGACUUGUUGAAACAUUAUAUAAAGAGGAAACUGAAUGUUAUAAAACAUGUUCGGAAACCAAUCCAAAUUCACCACAUUUGGAUGCUUGUAGAAAAGGUUGUCAUUUAAGAUUGCUUAAAAAAACACCGGAACAAUGUAAACCAUCCUGUACUGAAGAAUAUUCAAAAACGUUCGAUCUUAUUUCCAGCUGUAUUGCUGGUUGUGAUUCAAGUGCCCCAAAAAUCAGCCAGAUCGACACAAUUCAAAAAUCUGCUGAAAAUGACGAUAACCAUCCAAAAUCAAUAAUAUUAGUUCGUCUUCGUCAACGACCGCUAAUUCAAUUGCCAUCGAUGGAACGUGUAUUUAGUGAGGAUCCAUUUCGAAUGUUCAAUAGCAUUUUACAACAGAUUAGAGAAAAAACCAACGAGUUUGAAAAAAAUCUUCAACCAUUAUCGCCACCGGUGGAAAAUUCUAUUGGGAAUCCUGUUUUUCGUUUGAUACAAAGUAUUCCAGUGAAUCCUAAACCGAUAAAUCAAAAUGAGAAAGAAUCAUCAUCAAGUGAGUCAUCUGAAGAGGAUCGUAAUCCAUUAUUCGAGGAAAUAAAGCAUAUUGUUCAACACCCAAGAGAACAACAACAAGUAAUUAAACAACGUAUAGAACCAAUAAAUAUGCGUUUACAACAAUUUUUUAACGAUGUUAAAACAGAAUGGAAUGAUUUAAUACGUAAACAGCCAAAAUUACCCGUAUGGAUAUUUAUUUGUAUAUUAUUGACAUCAUCGGCUGUUCUCUGGUAUAUGGCAAUGAGUAUGUGUCGUCAUUCGCCAUCGAGAGAUCAUUUAUCAAUACGUAGUCAAGAAUUAAUAUUUCAUCCAUAUGAGAGUAGUGAUGUUUUCUCAGCUGAAAAGGAGAAAAUACAACCAGAUGAAUUAUAUGAAGUUGUACAACCAUUACCAAUCAAAGUGAAAUUAUCAAAUAUUUAA